AUGGGAGUUUCUUCGGUUUCUUCGUCAUCAUCAGGUACGAUCAAUUCUCAAAGUCUAUUUCCUGCAAUUGAGCAUUUAACCUUAUCAUCAUCAUCAACUGAAACAUCUUCAUCAGCUUGUUCUGUUAUUAUAGAUAAAGUAAUCAGUGACAUUGAUCUGUUAACACUUAUUCUGAUAUGUGUUCCCGUGAAAUCACUCCUUGUGUUCAAGUCGGUAUCAAAACAAUGGUUCUCCAUCAUUUCUGACCCAAAUUUUGCUAUUAACAACUUUCGUCGACUCAAUCCUAAAACCACUGGAUUGUUCUUUGAAAAAAUGGUUCCUAGAGAAUCUAAUUACGAAGUUAUGUAUGAUUUUCUUCUUCUUGAUGGUAGUAAAUUUGAACGAGGACAUGAAGGAGUAGAACAAGAGACUUUUAAGACCCCUAGGAAAUUUGGUGAUGAUCCUGAGCCAGGUGAGUAUGGAUCGGUGAGGGAGUUUCGUGUCCGAAUUAGUCAAUCUUGUAAUGGUCUUUUAUGUUGCAAUAGACAGACUGAAUAUGAUGGGGAACCCUUUACCAGGCGAGAAUAUUUGGGUUCCAUAGAUCGAUUUUCUACUUAUAAAACUUACAUUUACAAUCCAACUACUAGAAAAUACAGAUGUCUUCCACCAUCACCUUUCAGAGAUAAUGUUCCGAAACGAGACGACUCCCGGAUCAAGGUUUGUAGUAUCAGUUUAGCUUUUGAUCCAAUGAAGUCCGUGGACUAUAAAGUUAUUUGCAUUUGGAAAAUUGAACCCUUUUAUCAUGAUUAUUGGGAUCAAGAUGUUGAGAAUAAGUAUUAUCUUGAAUUUUACUCGUCUAAAACUAACACUUGGAGGAAGCUCAAUUCAGAUCCUUUUUAUGGGCAUGUUAUGAGUUUCAUGACAUCUGGUGUCUACUGGAAUGGUUGUUUGCAUUGGAUCGGGAGUGUCAGAUAUGCAGCAAAUCCUGAGUCCUCUAUGUAUUUUGAUGUUGAACAAGAACUUGUUAACCCGUUGCCAGCUUCGCCUAAUGUCGAUGAGUCGAAAGUUAUGUAUUUUGGAGAGUGUGGUGGUCAUUUGUAUCUUGUAGAGCUUCUUGAAUCAUGUUAUACUCAUUACAACAUUUUGAAGAUGGAGACUGAUUAUUCUGGGUGGAAACUAAUACUCAAGCUUGACUUGGAAAGUCUUAUUGCUGUAUAUCCAGGAAGAGAUAUUGCAUUUCAUGAUCUUAAAUUUCUUUGGAGAAUGAUAGUGUUCCUCGAGGAAGAUGAAGCAGAAUCAUUGUCAAAGCUGGUGAUGGUCGUAACUGGGAAGGAGGUUAUAUCUUAUGAUCUUAAAGAAAUGAGUCUUACCCAAAUACAUAAUUAUCCUGGGGAUUAUUUUUUUUUUCUCGACCCUCAAGAUGGAUUCGCAUGGGGUCAUCUUCAUCAUUACAUUGAGUCACUUGCGUGUGUUUGA